AGAAAAAUGGAUCCGAGUAAUUUUCAGUCCAUGAAACAUUUGAAACUUUGUGAAUCUUCAAGCUGUACAGAUCUUCCUGGGUUAGAUACAGGGGAUCUUGAUAGUCCAGAUUUUAAUGGAGUUGAAGAAAGUGGAAGUGAUUCAGAGGGGAGAAGUGAUGAGGACAUCCUGACUAUGAAACCGGUGGAAAGUAAAGUGCUAACAGUAGACAUGGUGAAUGAAGGAAUAAAGGUUAUGACAUAUGCUGUCCGUGGACCAUUGCUAAUCAGAGCUAAUGAAAUAGAACAGGAAUUAAAACAAGGAGUUGAAAAGUCUUUUAAAACGGUGAUAAAGGCAAAUAUAGGAGAUGCUCAUGCAAUGGGCAAUAAACCUAUCACAUUCAUUAGACAGGUGAUGGCAAUUGUAACCUGUCCUUCUCUUCUAGAAUCAGAGUUUUUUCCAGAGGAUGCAAAACUAAGAGCCCGGGAGAUCCUAGCUGGUUGCAGAGGAGGAAGUGUCGGAGCAUACAGUGAUAGUCCAGGAAUAGAAAUUAUUAGGAGACAUGUGGCUCAGUAUAUUACAGAAAGAGAUGGAGGUAUUCCAGCAGAUUGGAGAAAUAUUAUGCUUUCUUCAGGUGCCAGCGAGGCCAUCAGAGCUAUUUUAAAACUUAUGACAAACCCAGGAAUAGUUUGUCAAAAGAAACCGGGUGUAAUGGUUCCUAUCCCACAAUAUCCCUUGUAUAGUGCUACACUAGCAGAAUAUGGUAUGGAAAAGGUUGGAUAUUACCUCGAUGAGUCUAAGGGCUGGGCUCUCAGCAGUUCAGAAUUAGAAAGAUCAAUUAGAGAGGCAAAAAAGAGAUGUACUGUCCGAGCAAUUGUUGUUAUCAAUCCCGGGAACCCAACAGGACAGGUAUUAAGUAGGAAGAAUAUUGAAUCUAUAAUCAAGUUUGCCCACAAGGAGAAACUAUUUCUUCUUGCUGAUGAAGUUUAUCAGCACAAUAUCUAUUCACCAGAAUCAAAGUUUUACAGUUUCAAAAAGGUUAUGAUGGAAAUGGGACACCCUUACAGUUCCUUAGAACUGGUUUCCUUUAUGUCUUGUAGUAAGGGGUACAUGGGAGAGUGUGGUGUAAGAGGAGGUUAUGCUGAUAUUAUAAACAUGGAUCCUGAUGUGAUGGGUAUGCUACAGAAAUCAAUAUCAGCCAAGCUGUGUCCCCCUAUCCUAGGACAGGCUUGUCUUGACCUUGUUGUUCAUCAUCCACAACCUCAAGAUCCCAGUUAUUCAAAUUGGACAUCCGAGGUUCAGAAAACAUUAAACAGUUUUGCAAAACGGGCUGAAAUGGUUGCAAAUAUUCUCAAUGGAAUCGAAGGCAUGAGAUGCAAUGUAGUUCAAGGAGCAAUGUAUGCUUUUCCAAGGGUCAUGCUUCCCGAGCGUGCUAUUGAGGCUGCUAGAGAAGUCGGUCAAACCCCUGAUGUAUUUUAUGCUUUCAAUUUGUUGGAGGAAACAGGCGUCUGUGUUAUUCCAGGAUCUGGAUUCGGACAGGAACCUGGCACUUAUCAUUUUAGAACCACAAUUCUUCCUCAGGAAAGUGUAUUGAUGGAUAUGUUGGACAGAAUUAAGAGAUUCCAUGUUCAAUUCAUGAAAAAGUUUUCUGAUAAUUAAUCAAUUUUGAGAACAAAAUCGUAGUUUUAUUUGUAAAUAUAUUCAAUCUUUUGUGUCUUUUGUUUAGAAUGUUUAGUAAAAUUGUACAUAUUUUAAUGAUUGAAAUAAAUCUUUUAAAAUGAA